CACGGGCGGCCGCAAGGACGGGGCUCCUCAGCGCCCUUCGCCAGCGGCCGCCACCCCCUCACCCCCCCGUGCUCACCGCGCUGCGAUCCCACCCUUUCCCCGCGGCCGCUGCCGCCCUCUCCGUCCCUCAGCCUGGUGUGCGUACUGGAGAUGCAGAAAUCAUGUAGCAGAAUCCUUUGAGCAGUUGUGAAUUAUCAGUUUCUCCCAAGAGCAACAUAAAGUGAAGAAUGAAGGCGACUGGAUUUAUUUCCCUGUGGACAUUGGUUUCAUUGCCUUGUGGCCAGUUAGCAAAUCCUGCAGAACAUGAAGAUGUAGUAAAGCAUGCAAUAAAGCUGCACCGUGGAAAAGGAGCUGUUAUCACUCAGAGGAAGCAGUGGGUGUUGGAAAGUUGCAGAAAACUGUCUGGUCUUCUUCGCCAAAAGAACGUUGUUCUCAACAAACUGAAAAAUGCCAUAAGAGCAGUUGAGAAGGAUGUAGGACUGUCUGAUGAAGAGAAACUUUUUCAGGUGCAUACCUUUGAAAUUUUCCAAAAGGAGCUAAAUGAAAGUGAAAACUCCGUCUUUCAGGCAAUCCAUGGCCUACAGAGAGCUCUACAGGGGGAUUACAAAGAUGUUGUAAAUAUGAAAGAAAGCAGUAGACAGAGGCUGGAAGCCUUGAGAGAAGCUGCAAUUAAGGAAGAAAUGGAAUAUGUCGAACUCUUAGCAGCAGAAAAACACCAAGUUGAAGCCCUUAAGAACAUGCAGCAUCAAAACAAAAGCCUGUCAAUGCUUGAUGAAAUUCUGGAAGAUGUCAGGAAGGCAGCUGAUAGAUUGGAAGAGGAAAUAGAAGAGCAUGCCUUUGAUGACAACAAAUCUGUAAGAGGUGUAAACUUUGAAGCGGUUUUAAGGGUGGAAGAAGAUGAAACAAACUCCAAAAGAAAUGCUUCAAAAAGAGAAGUAGAGGAUGACUUAGGUCUUAGUAUGCUUAUUGAUUCCCAGAACAAUCAGUAUAUCCUUACCAAACCGAGAGAUUCAACCAUUCCUCGUGCUGACCAUCAUUUCAUAAAGGAUAUUGUGACAAUAGGAAUGUUGUCUUUGCCAUGUGGCUGGCUGUGCACAACAAUAGGAUUGCCAACCAUGUUUGGAUAUAUCAUCUGUGGAGUACUCUUAGGACCCUCAGGACUAAACAGUAUCAAAUCUAUUGUACAGGUGGAGACAUUAGGAGAGUUUGGUGUGUUCUUCACUCUCUUUCUAGUUGGUCUGGAAUUUUCUCCCGAAAGACUAAGAAAGGUAUGGAAAAUAUCUUUGCAAGGACCUUGCUACAUGACAGUUCUGAUGAUUGCCUUUGGUUUACUAUGGGGGCACUUGCUCCAAAUUAGACCAACGCAGAGCGUCUUCAUUUCCACUUGUUUAUCUUUAUCAAGCACACCACUGGUGUCAAGAUUCCUUGCAGGUAGUGUUCGAGGAGAUAAAGAAGGGGAUAUUGACUACAGCAGCGUACUACUUGGCAUGUUGGUGAUGCAGGAUGUGCAGCUUGGUUUAUUUAUAGCUGUCAUGCCUACACUUAUUCAAGCAGGAGUGAGCACACAUUCCAGCAUUUUCAAGGAAAUACUGAGAAUACUGAUACUGAUUGGCCAAAUUCUCUUUUCUUUGGCCGCUGUUUUUCUUCUAUGUCUUGUUAUAAAGACUUAUCUCAUAGGACCGUAUUAUCGCAAGUUGCACGCAGAAAGCAAAGGGAAUAAAGAAAUCCUCAUUCUAGGAAUAACUGCAUUCACCUUCCUUAUGUUAACGAUCACAGAGCUGCUGGAUGUUUCAAUGGAGCUGGGAUGCUUCUUAGCCGGAGCUCUGAUCUCUUCUCAGGGUCACAUGGUUACUGAGGAGAUUAUGUGCUGUAUUGAACCAAUACGUGACUUUCUUGCCAUCAUUUUCUUUGCAUCUAUAGGACUUCAUGUUUUCCCCACAUUUGUAAUAUAUGAACUCACAGUUUUGCUAUUCCUUACAUUGUCUGUGGUCAUAAUGAAGUUUGUCUUGGCAGUGCUUGUCCUUUCUCUGAUUCUUCCAAAGACCAGCCAGUAUAUCAAGUGGAUUGUCUCAGCAGGACUGGCACAAGUCAGCGAAUUCUCUUUUGUUCUGGGAAGUAGAGCACGCAGAGCAGGGAUCAUAUCUCGGGAGGUCUAUCUGCUUAUUCUGAGUGUAACUACUCUAAGCCUUCUACUUGCCCCUGCCCUGUGGAGAGCUGCGAUUAUGAAAUGUGUUCCGAGACCUGAAAGACGCUCAAGUACUUGAUUAGGAUUUGCACAUAUAGAAGAAUAUGUCUUCUUGCAAGGAAUAUCCUCAUUGCUCAUUGUAUUUCUAUGCAGUCGGGAAACAAGACAUUUUGAGUAGUCAGUCCUCUUAGCAAGCACUUGGUCAUGAGCCUUAUACUGAUCUAAAACAAAACAAAAUUCAACACUAAAAAAUAUUUGUCAUUUGAAUUGCACACCUUUUACAAAAUUUAUUUCUCUCUGACAGAUUGAAGUCUGCCAGAAUAUUUGUUUCCGAUCCAAUCUAUUAUUCAGAUCAUAAAUUAUUUUUUUAAAAUAUAACAUCAUGCAAACUGUG